AUUCAAAUUGGAUUAGAAAACUAAUCCAAAUGGCUACAAUUAUCGAAAUUUUCCAAACUUCAACUAAAAAAUAGUCAAAAUCACGUUCGAAGUCAAUACAAUAUUAUUAAAAUUGAAACGAUAUUCAAUAUUUUAGUAACAAAAAUUCUUAACCCAAUAUUUUCUUUAGAAAUUCUUGACCAUUUUAAAUUCUUUAUAAGAGUUAGCAUAAUAUUUAGGUGAACCACCCAAUUUUUUGAAUGAGAACAAGUCUCACUUUUCCCACUUUCAUACUAAUUAUCAUAAAAAACACUAAUGUGUACAAAAUUCCAAAUUGCCCCUAUAAUAUUAUAUUAUUUAACCUUGCUUGCCCACUUCAAGAAAAAAAAAACAAUCAUUUCCUUACAUCUUCAAUAUCAUUAUCGUACAAAAUAAAAAUAAUAAUAAAAAAAUAAAAUAAAAUUUAGACUAUUUCUUUUUGACCGCAAAUGACUACUUCAAUGGCUUAUGACCUAAAAAUGAUGAAAACACAAAUGAAAAGGUUGUCUUAUUUGAUACAGUCUUCCUUCUGACUUUCUCGCGCGUUAUUAGCUGUCACACAUCGCUAUUAUUUUCAUUAAUCCUCUACUAACUAUUUAAUAAUCCCAUGUUUAGAUUAUUAUUAACACAACCGUGUGUGGUAAUAUUAUUACACUAAUUCAACAAAAAAAUUAUUCAAGCCAUGGGAGACUUUACUCAAGAACAAAUGAAGAAUAUUUCCACAAACGCCCAAAAUUAACCCAAAUAACCCUAAUUACAAUUGGGUUACCAGCUCGAAAGAAAGGGUAUUUCGGUCAUUUUACACGACGAAGGGCUAAGAAGGGUUCAAUACACCAAAACAAUAACCAACUGCUCUCCUUUGACACUUUCAAGCAACCAAACCAAACAAACAAAAAAAAAAAAAAAGUAAAAGAAAUUUAAAAAACAAACUAUGACACAAAAACAAGAUCAUUAAGCAAUGUUCAAAAUAAUAGUUUCAACUUCAGAAGCUCUUCAAUUCUUUACAAGCUACAACCAUGGCUGCCAAUCUCCAGCCAACCACAUUUCUCUCUCUACUAUUAUUCAUCCUUCUCUCCAUUUCUGAUAUCCCUCGAUCUCUCUCGCAGCAGAACAUCGAGACUUUCUAUCCAUUUUCUCCUCCUCCCCCGCGGCUUCCUCCUCCUCCUCCACCUCCACCACCUCCUCCUCCACCCAAUGAUAAUACCCCACCAAUCACCACAAUUCCGCCACCACAGCCACCGCCGAGUAAACCAUCAUCGACAAAGUCGGCGGUGGGAAAAGCAAUCGGCGUCACAGCUGCCAGCGCUGUAGUCAUAUCAGGGAUUUUUAUCUUUCUACUCCUCCGGCGAGAUCGCCGGAGGAGAGACGAAAACCUCGCUGCUGCUGCCGCUAUUGCCGCCACUCCUCCUCCUCCGCACGGAGGGGGCAAUUCGUUCGUGCCUCCGAGCGACGAAUUCAAGCGAUUCAACGGCAAGCUCAAAGGGGUGAUAGUUGACGAAGAUGGAUUGGAUGUGCUGUAUUGGAGGGAUUUAGAAGACGAUCGAUCAAACAGAACUAGUUUCAAGAAACAGAGCUAUAAGAACUUGAAAGAUGAGCAAAAGGAAGAAGAGAAGAGAGUUAUUAGUGAUAGAGAGAGAAGAUCUAAGCCACCGGUGCAAGAAGUUCCUCUGCUAAGAGGAAAAUCUUCGACUUCUCAAAGCUCCGUUUGGGUCGACAAAGAAGACCACAGAAGCAACAAAACUCCUUCAACUUCAAAUGCGAUGUCUUUCAAAGCUAUGGAGAAUCAAUCUUCCUCCUCCGUUCAAGUUACGAAAUUCACACCAAUGCCGCCACUACCUCCACCACCAGGAGCAGCACCACCACCACUGCCGCCACGGCCGCAAACACCUUUCCUGCCAUCCACAGCACCAUCAUCAUCUCAGCCACAACCGGCUGUUUUUGCGGCAGUUCCGGUGGCGAAAACGGCUGCAGCACCACCUCCACCACCAUCAUCAUCUCAGCCACAACCGGCUGUUUUUGCGGCAGUUCCGGUGGCGAAAAUGGCUGCAGCACCACCUCCUCCUCCACCUCCUUCAAAUAAAGGUCCUGCUCCACCACCACCGCCGCCGACAUCUAAUGCUUCGGCUUCGGUAAUGAAACCACCUGCGCCACCACCUGGUAAGCGCGCGACUUCACUCGGGGGAGAAGGAGAUGCGAGUGGUAAGGCGAAAUUGAAGCCCUUGCAUUGGGAUAAAGUGAAUCCAAAUGCUAAGCAUUCAAUGGUGUGGGACAAACUCGACAAGGGCUCUUUCAAGUUUGAUGGCGAUCUUAUGGAAGCACUAUUCGGAUACGUUGCCACAAACAGAAAAUCCCCUCAAAGAGACGCCACGUCAUCGAGCCCGAUAGGCGACAAAACGGGCCCUUCAUCGCGGAUUUUCAUCCUCGACACACGUAAGUCACAGAACACAGCAAUCGUGCUAAAAUCACUCGGCAUCACACGCGGAGAAAUUAUUGAUGCACUAAUCGAAGGGCAUGGCUUAAAUUCCGAUACAAUCGAAAAACUAACGAGAAUUGCACCGACCGAUGAGGAAUCGGCUCAGAUAAUGGCGUUCGGUGGAGAUCCUUCAAGGCUGGCCGAUGCAGAAUCGUUCCUCUACCACCUCCUCAAAGCUGUCCCGUCGGCGUUUAGUCGUUUCAAUGCAAUGCUGUUCAGAUCGAAUUUCGACUCCGAGGUUUCGCACAUUAAGGAAUCGUUGAACUCGCUUGAAUCUGCGUGUAAUGAACUGAGGACUCGUGGAUUGUUCCUGAAGCUUCUAGAAGCUGUGCUCAAGGCGGGGAAUCGUUUGAAUGCGGGAACUUCGAGGGGAAACGCGCAUGCUUUCAAUCUUAACGCUCUCACGAAGCUUUCCGAUGUUAAAAGCUCCGACGGGAAGACGACUCUGCUUCAAUUCGUCGUCCAGGAAGUGGUUCGGGCGGAGGGGAAACGCUGCAUUUUGAACAGAAACCGGAGUUUGAGCAGGACGAGUAGCCAGAGCAGCAGCGGUGGGCGGCAGGUUUCCGAGAGCGCCGUGUCGAAGGAUGAGAGAGAAAGGGAGUUCAUGAUGCUGGGAUUGCCGGUGAUCGGCGGCCUGAGCAAUGAAUUCUCGAACGUGAAGAAAGCGGCGGUGCUGGACUACGACCUUCUCGUGAAAACGAGCUCGGCGUUGGCCGCGCAGGUGGCGGAGAUACGGAGAAUUGCGGCGGAGUGCGGCGGCGGCGGGGGAGGGUUUGCGUGGGAGAUGAAUGCGUUCCUGGAUACGGCGGAGCUGGAGGUGAAAGUGGUGAAGGAAGAACAAACGAGGGUGAUGGAUCUGGUGAAGCAAACCACCGAUUACUACCACGCCGGAUCGGCGAAGGACAAAGGGGCGAAUCCUCUGCAAUUGUUCGUGAUAGUGAAGGAAUUUCUGAGAAUGGUGGAUCAGGUUUGUAUAGAUAUAUCGAGAAAUGUGCAGAAGAGAAAACCUGUGUCGGUAUCUGUAGCUGCAACAUCGUCGGCGUCGGCGUCGGGGCCGGAAUCGCCUAGGGUUUUUAGGUUCCCAAAACUGCCGGCGAAUUUCAUGUCGGACGAGUCGAAGAACAGUUCCAGUGACUCGGAUAGUGACUCGGAAGUAAGAUGACUGGGAAACAAACAAAAAGAAUAUUCUGAGGUUUUGUACAGACCAAAAUUCAUGAAAAAUGGUUUUAAUUUUAAUUAUUUGAUUUUUUUUUUUAUUUAAAGUGUAAAAUUGUUAUGCAUUGUUAUUAAUUGUUAUACUGCAUAGAAAGGAAAUGAAAUGAGUUCAAUUUUUUUUUUUAGUCAUGA